AUGGAAGGAUUGCUUAAUUGUCAAAUUGGUUUCUCUACAUAAAAAUACUAUUUCAUUCUUCAUGAUUCUGUGUUGCUGUAUUGUAAAAAGAAAGGAAAUCGUGUGAUUGGACAAAUACAUUUAUCAAUUGCCAAAGUUGAAAAGAGAGAGUGUUAAAUCAAUAUAACAACAGGAAUUGAAAAGAUUAUAUUAUUGUUUGAAAAUAACUUUGAGAAAGAUGUUUGGUUUGAUUGCAUCUAAAAGUAGAAUUAGAAAUUGCAUUUAGAAGAUGAAUUAGAGAAAGUAAGAUCAUUACAAUAUCAAUUCGAAAGCACCCUUAAAUUUGUGAAUAAAACAAUUGAAUAAAAUCCAAAUCUAAAUUCAUAUUCUGAAAGAUUGUAAUCCUAUGGAUCAAUUUUCAUUGGUAUUAAUAUAUUUGGUAUUUAUUAGAUAAAUUAAGUGAAAUCGUAGAUUUACUCUAUUAAUCAGCAUAACCUGAAUUUUAAAGCUGUUAAUCUAUCAAUUCAAUACACACAUAGAGUUUAAAACCAGCACCAUUGAUCAAAAAGUCACAGAAACUCAAAUAAUAACAGUAUAAUGUUUGGGGGAAUGUUAAAAAUCAUAUUCUAAAUAACAAUAUUUAUAAUAUGAAAUUACCAAGUAUAUUGAUAUACAUAUCUAGUCUAUCUACAUUAACCAUCAACAAUGUUGUAAUAGGUGGCAACAUAAAUGAAAUACAUAUCAAUUUUGGAUCGAGCAAGUUCAAUUAGAGAUCCUGAUUUUAAAAUUGCUUUAAUCUUUGGUUUUCUUAUAUCUCAGUAUUCAUCUAUUCCAAAAUUAUUGCCUCUUCCUUCAAAGAUCAAUGAAACUUUUGAAAUAGUUGAUAACUACAAGUAUUUAUCUUAGCAAAUCAAUGAAAAUACAAUAGCAUUCUAUGCCACAUCUCCUAGUCUUGAUUAUAAUGGAUAAAUUGAAUAUAAAUUCUCAUUUGACAAUCUGAUCCUAGAUAUUAAUUUGGUCAAAUCAUUAUUUAUUUCUUUUAAAAAAAAUCUAGACACUUAUAAGAUAUAUUCGACCAAUCAUCUCAUUUCUAUUAAGAAUUUAGUAACUUAAAAACCAGAAAUUGUGGUUGAAGGAAACUUUAUAAUCGAUUUUAAGGGAAACUAAUAUUAAAUUUAAAUCAGAUCAAAUUAAAUUAAGGCAGUUGUUGGAUAAUUCUCAAUUUCUGGUACCACUAAUAAAGUAUUAUUUAAUUUUUAAAAGAAUAAAGUUGAUUGCUAAUAACUUUUAUAAUGAAGAAUUGAUAUUGUUUUAAAAAGAUGAAAAAGAAUUUGACUUCAAUAAACAUAACCCGUUAUUGCCUCCGUCAGAUAGUAGAUUUCGAUCAGAUUUAAUUUCUAUGCUUGAAGGUAUUAUAUGUUUUUAAUAUAGGAAAUUAUUAUGAUGCUCAAUAAGAAAAAGAUAGAAUGAUAUUUGAAGGUGAAUUUUUAUAGUCAUGGUUUAAUCCAGUAUAAGCAGAUUAAAUUAUGUAUUUAAUCAAUUAAUUAUAUUAAGAAAUUCAAAUGAAAAGAGAUAUGAUUACAAAGGAGGAUACUUUACUUAAUCUAUUCUAUGA